ACUCCCAACGCUACAACCCAACCGCCACUUAAUAUUCCCCUCUUUCCCCACCCCUUCCGUUUCUCACCAUUACAUUUUCUAACCUCCAAACAAAAAAACCAAAAUACCAAAGAAGAAAAACAAACAAAAAUGGAAGUCCAAAUGUCAUCAGAAAUCCUCCAUGAUUUCUCCCCUCGUCUUCGAGUCUACAAAGAUGGCCGAAUCGAACGUCUUCUCAAAACCGACACUGUUCCACCAUCAUUUGAUUCAGCCACCUUAGUCAAUUCCAAAGACAUAACCAUCUCACCGGGUUUAUCAGCCCGUAUUUUCCGACCCGUCAAAGUUGACCCUCCAAACGCUAAUCUUCCCAUCCUUAUUUACAUCCAUGGCGGCGCCUUUUGCCUCUACUCUGCUUCGUCUUCAAUCUACCAUAGCUACCUCAACUCCCUCGUUUCACAGGCUCGCUGUAUCGCCAUCUCAGUCGAUUACCGUCUCGCUCCGGAACACCCGAUGCCCGCUUGCUAUGACGAUUCCUUGGCCGCGACAAAGUGGGUGUUGUCUCAUUCAACCGGGUCAGGGCCCGAGCCGUGGCUCAAUGACCGGGCUGAUUUUGAUCAGGUCUUUCUUGCUGGGGACAGUGCUGGAGCUAACAUUGUCCAUGACAUUGUCACUCGGAUUCAAUCCGAGUCCGAUGGGUCUGGGUUUGGGUCUGGGUCUGAGUCUUAUUUUGCAGGGAUCGCAAUGGUCCAUCCAUUCUUCGGAGACAGUGAGCCCAAUGGGCUAUGGGAUUAUCUGUACCCGGAUACGACCGGGGUUUUAGACCCGAGGUUGAACCCGGCGGCUGACCCGGAGAAAAUGAGGAGAGAGAUUGUUGGGUGUAAGAAGGUGUUGGUUUGUGUCGGUGGGAAAGAUUUCUUAAGAGAUAGAGGAGUGAAAUACUAUGAAGUUUUAAGGGAAGGUCAAGAAAAUGGUGAAUGGAAAGGUGAAUUAGAGUUUAUGGAAAGUAAAGGAAGAGGUCAUGUUUUUCAUCUGUAUAAGCCUGAUUGUGAUGAAGCUAAAGAUCUGCUUAAAAGGGUGGCUGAUUUUAUCAAUAAUUCGAACUCCCAAAUCUGUGCUUGUGAGAUGUGAUCAUGGUUUAGUACUUUUGUCGGGUUUAGUUGUCGCACUGCAUAUUUACUAAUUGGUUGUGGAAAGUUCAACUAUGAAAUGUAAAAAUUAUGGGGUUAAAUUUGUUAAAUUAUCUGUAAUGUUGUUAUUAGUGGUAGACUAGUAGUAAUAUUUAUGUAGUAAUAAUGUCGCAUUAUUGUAAGUUAAUAACUUAGUUUGAAUCAAAAUCUUGGUGAUUGGCUGAAUUGUGGGUUACAUUGAUUGAUACUAAUCAUACUACUAUUGAUUAUUAUUGUACGAAAUAAAUUCCAGCAUAUGUUUUGCAUU